UUAAGUGUUCACAGUGGGCCAUGUAACUGACAAAAUGACGAGAGCGGGCAGCAUAACCAUUCUGUAUUUUACAGUGACAGUAUGUAGCCUACAAUAAGAAAAGAACAGGCUAAGAAGCAAUCGGAUUUUUCUGGCAUUAUUCAGCCAACAUCAAUAUAAAAAAAACAACAUAUUUUUGCGGUAUAGAUAAUUGUCGUUUUAAACACGUGUAAUUUCAUUAUAAUAAAAUCAUAGGUUAAUUGAUUAUGCCUCUAACAUUUAUUCCAUAUUUAAGUUAAUUAUACAUAACCUACUGCUAGAAUUCUUUUUAUUGCCUUUUUUUAUUUCCACUCAUCCACUGUUAGUUGUUGUUGUUGUUUUUUUUUGUUUUUUUUUUGUUGUAAUCCCACUGUUGCAUGCUGUGAGUUCAAAUUAAGCGAUUGAAUUAGAAAGAAAAAGAGAGAGGGGGGGGGGGUUAAAACUUGGUAUGAACGAUACAGCAUCUCAGCAUUGUAUGGAUACACCUCGAUUUUAUAAUGCUGUCUGGCCAAUAUUAAAUAUUCUUGUUUACAGAAAGUAAAAAAUAUACAUUUGCAAAAAUCAAAGCUAAUUGAUUUAGACAUAACCAAGGAUUUGAAAUUGUUAUGUCAAGUUGUUAUAUUAAUUCAAUGGCUUUUUGGGGGAGAAGGUGGGACGAAACUUGAUUAGCUUGGCUAAUUUAAAAAAAUAUAUAAUUUGAAGAAUUCAGUGAGAAAUAAUUGUAUCAUUUAAUUAAUUGUAAAUGGGAGAAUUCCAAAUAUUUGUUUACAGAUGGAGACAUGAAUUAUAUAACUUUACCUGUGUAUGUGAGACUUAAAUACGUUUGACCAUAUAUUACCAUCGCAGUUAAUAAAGUUCGAUUAAAUUGAAAAUUUAAAUCUUUAAGUUUGAAUAUUUUGGGUGUGUUUAAAAUGUCACUCAAGUAGAAAAAUCCCUAUAUUCCGCAACUUAAUAAUAGUAUUAAUAGUAGUCGAAAUGAGGCACACGUGUAAUUCUAUAAUUAUCAGUGACCGAAACAAAAAUUAUCCCUUUCAACUUUUUAUGGUCAAAGGGAUGAUAUCGUGUAUUUAUUUUUAAAUCUCUUAAGCUAACAGCAGUUAUAUAUCACACAUAAAUAUCAAAAAUAAAUCACACAUGAUCAAAUACCAUGAUCAGAAAAAUAAAUGUUUUGAUGAAUGAAAAUAAUACUAUUAUUAAUAGGGUCGUAAACAAAACAAAAAUUUUGAAUAAGUUUUGAAAUCCAAGAAUGAUAUGGAUAAUUUUAUAAAAAUGUUAAAUUAAGGAAUGCGAUAAUCCUGUAAACCCUCUCAAUAUACCAAUUUAUAACUCACUUGACCAUUCAAAACCUGACAUGGUUCAAUCAUUCCUAAGAAGAAAAUCCUCCAUACCACUUACCAAGAUGGUUAACUUGACCCGUUUUGACAAAACUCUACUUGACUUCAGGAUUUAUAUUUUGCAUUUACAUCAAUUUCAAUCGCCUUCAGGAAAAAACUAUAUCCCUGUAGAGACCCAAUAAUAAUACAUAUAUUUACAAAAAUAAAUUUGAUAGAAGAUAAGGUUUUUACAGUGCACACUGUUUAAACAGUUUUGGCACACAUAUUUAUUUUGAACAUUUUUCUGAAAACCAUAAAAUUUUCUAAAUCAAUAAAUUCUUGAUUUUCUACAGGAAUCAAACAAACAUUUUGUGUGCAGUGAAGAAAAGAAAGAACAUCAACAGAUUCAGAUUGCCUUACUUAACAUAUUAACAACCAAAGUAAAUUUUAACAGGUAAGCCAUACAAAACUUUAUACUAAAUUAUACUGGAUUUCUUCCCAUAUAAUUAUAAUACAAGGAUUAAUUUACAUUAAAAACUGAAUUAAAUUAUUUUUUUCGUAAUGCUUUUAAUGACAUACGGCUACUCUUUUAUUCCUCAGUUUAUUCCUGCUAAAAUAAUCAUUAAUAAUGAGGACUAGAAUAUUAUUAAUAUUAAUAUUAUUUAUAAAACUAAAACCUACCUAAUUGUUGGUUGAAUACAACAGAAGGAGACACUCCCCUACCCCUUUUUUAAAAAAUAUAUAUAAAAUAAGAAAACAAAAAUCUUGCAAUAAGUUCAUUUAGUGAACACAAACAUAUAAAAAUCGAAAUCUUGUGAAUAAUAUAGCGCUAUAGAUGGAACUUGACUUGGGCAGUGGUCGGAAAACUCAGUAGUCAAAAGAGCACAAAUCAGGACGAUUAAAAUUUUUUGAGAGCGAAAAUUCUUUUAAAGAACCAUGUUUUUCGGAGUCAAACACGAUUUCUGGCCAAGCCGCACUGAGGUCGUUAAUUAAAGAGCCACUGACUGACCUGGGGGAACCUCCGUGACCUAUUAACACAUCGCCGACCCGCUAACCCAAAAUCAACCGAACAAUAAAAUAAUCAAAUUCAUUAAAUAAUAAUUAUUAUUUUAGCCCUAGGACCUACCAACUAGUAACCUAAGUCUCCACACUUAUUAUGCCUUAUUUUAGUUAUUUUAUGCCUAUUAAACUUGUCUACCCCCCCCCCCCAAACUGGUUUUAAUUUUAAAAGAAAUAUCGGACACCUCGACAUAGUUAAAUAAAGUUAUAAAAUAAAUACAUUUAUUUAAAUCUAGAUACAACCAAUUAGGCAACCUUUAUAACAUAAUUUUAAAAAACAGAAGAGUUCUCCUUGAUUUACCACAAUAUCGCCGUGAAAGACAAAAGAUUCAUGCUAAUGUACUUAAAGGAUCUCGUAAAAUUUGAUGCAUUCCAACAUGGUAUUUUACUUUAAAAAAUACUUUUAAUAUAGUUCCAUGAUAAAAUAAUUAAUCCCGCUAAAAUAUUAUUAGAGACAGAUUAUCAAAAGUAUAAUUGUUAUAGAGAUAGUAGAUAGUAAAACUUGACUUAACUUAUACUUAUAAACUUAACUUAUGUAUGGAGUAUGGGCACUAUGGGGGGGGGGGAGAUGUGGGCGAGGGGCUGUGCUCCUCUGAUGGCACAUUUUUAAUUUAUAAGGAUGGCAUAAAAGAAUAAUUGUUAUAGAGAAAAUAGAUAGAAAAACUUGACUUAACUUAUACUUAUAAACUUAACUUAUGUAUGGAGUAUGGGCACUAUGGGGGGGGGGGGGAGAUGUGGGCGAGGGGCUGUGCUCCUCUGAUGGCACAUUUUUAAUUUAUAAGGAUGGCAUUUUCUGCCAACUGCAGAGUGGGUUUUUUUUCAUGAAAAGGGUAAAUUAUAUUUUAAAGUCGUAUUGUCAUUGACAUGAUUAAUACUUGAUUCUGAUUAAUGGUGGUGGCACUGAGUGGUGGAUGGAUAAUCUAACACUCCCACUAACACUAGUCCCACAGAAAUAACAGAAAGGUUGCCUUAACUUGUUAAAGUUAAAGACUUAAGUUAGUUACUGAUUAGAUAGAAUGCAAUAUUAUUCUUACCUCAUACAUGUAUGAAUAAUGAUGCAUUUGUUAUUGAUAUUGUACACCGACAGUCAAUAAAAAUAAAUUAAUAAUAUAAAUAAAGCUGCAUCCAUCUGUCAUCUAUUCAAAGAGCUGCAUGUCUCUCCAGACAUAUGCCUAUGGCGGCUAUGGCCAUGGACAUAGGUUGCUUCCACUGGUUUGACAGUGAUUGAGAUUGGGCUAGGUCUAAGGUUUUUUUAAAUCAAUUCUCCAAUCCAUUGGGCUAAGGCACUAUACUAUAAUUUAUAGAGAACUUUUUAUUUAUAACGAUAGUUCAUUUUGAUUCUGGCUUUAGUGAAUUAUUGAAGUAAGUUUUUAAAUCAAUUCUCCAAUCCAUUGGGCUAAGGCACUAUACUAUAAUUUAUAGAGAACUUUUUAUUUAUAACGAUAGUUCAUUUUGAUUCUGGCUUUAGUGAAUUAUUGAAGUAAGUUAAACUAGUAACUCAGUAGGAAGUGGUCUUAGUGGGAUGACAAAAAUGUAAUUAAAAAUAUCAAAUUAAUCACCUUAAAUUUGUAAAGCUUUAUAAUGAAUAAUUUUCUCCUUUAGGUCUGAAGAAUACUAAUUUAUUGAUGUCAUGGAAAAUGCACUUUUUUGAACUUUUGGAGACCUAACCAUAGUAUCUUUGCUUUGUUGGACCGACAAAUGGCAACAUAUGUUUCACUACUCAGCAUGGCUCAUGCACAAUUGUUAAUGUUAUCCCGAAGGCAUAAUAUCUUCACAUUUAACAGGAAAAUAUUGUAUUUUCACCUAAAUGUGUUGAAUUCAAAAUUCUCUACGAGCCAACAGUCACUGGAAAAAAAUCAAUCUACAAAUUUUAAAAAGAAUACACAGAAAAUGUUAAAUCCUGCCAAGCAGACAGAGUUGUUAGGGGAUAAAAACCCAGCGGUGAUCACAUCAAAGCCAAUUAAUACUGAAAUCUCAAAUGAUUCUUCUAAGCCAAUAAAGUCCUUCAAUGUCAAAAAUAAUAAAAAGUAUUCAACAUCAGAGUAUUUUAAACAGACAUGGCUGAGCCAUAUAUCUACUACGUCUGUUGCACAAGAUGAUGCGGUAAAAGUCCAUGGAAAACAAAAUUUGCUAUCUGCUGAUGCUUUUGGCACACUGGCAACAGAGUCAUCAAAGAUGGAUUUAAGAGACCCUAAUGAAAGGUAGAUGUGCUCAUUUUUUACUGUGAUUAUAAAAAAACAAAACUCAGUGAGAAACCCUGUGUGUUUUCAUCAAAGGUGGAUAAAUUUGCACCUUUCUUUUUUAAGAAGAAACAUGCAGGGAAUGCACAGUUUGUGUUCAUAAUAUCCAUUUUAUAAGCAUUUUGUACCUUAUUUUCAAAUUGGUUGAGGUUUAAAUUAAAAUGAAACUAAAAAAACUGAUUUGUUAUACUAUACUUCAAGCAACAGCUCAAUUUGAAGUCGCCUCCAGUGUGCAUGCAGUCUAAAAACUCCAAAACAAUUACUCUACCAAUAAUAUCUACUAAAAGAGGUCUUUUGAUUAACUCCAUAUUGUGCCACCAGCAUAAAUUUCAAGAAUAUUAGUAUAGAUUUAAUAGGCAUUGAUUUAAUUGUUCUCUUUAUUGUUUUUAUUUGUAAAAUCAAUUAAUUUUAAAGCACUGAAAUAUUUCGUUUAGAUUAGAAGAAGCUUUACCAGAGGAUCAGGAUGAACCCAGGGAUCGUAGAUUAGAUAUUCCUUUAACUAGAGACGGCAGAAUAGGAAAGAAUGCUUUCUACUACACCAGGAAAAUGUCUAUUUUAGGCCGAGAAGGCAAGGUGGGAAUCAAGUUUAUUGAAAUUUAAUUUGAAUAGAUAUCCACUUACUAUUAUUUCAAAUUAAUUUUUGUAUAAUAGUGCCAUAGCCACUAAUGUAAUAACAACCAAGUAGAUGUUUUAAAAAACUAUUUGCUUGUUCAAGAUGGCGGCUUUAAUGUUACUUUCUUUAUACUAAUAUGUUUUACUACUUAAUCCUAAUAUAGAACAAGUGAAUGUGUUAAUUAAAUUUCUUAUAAUUUUUUUUAGGUCAAAGAAGCUAUUUCCAUGUUUGAAGAUAUAAUGAUGCUUAGGGACAGAGUUAUGCCCAACAAACGAACUUUCAUCGUAUUGAUUGGCAUUUUGGGCAGAGUGGGAUACACUAAAAAAGCUUUUGAAUUAUAUUCAAAGGUAAGAAUAAAUAAAACAUCACAACACCUAUGAGCUAGUAUGUUAAAAAUCUGAUUCUCAUUAUUAAGUUUAUGUUUUAGCUUAAACAUAAUUUUUUUUUUUUUAAUUCAAAAUUUUAUAUAUCCAAAUUUAACUUUAAACUGAAAUCUUAACCUUAUUAUGAACUUGAAUGGCAAUGUUAAACCUUUCCUAGUAUAUAAAGAUAAACUUAAACAACAUACAUUUGGGUUAUAAAUAGAUUGCCUUAGGUUAUCAAUCUUAUGUUUGCAGUUUGCAUACAACAUUAUAAAUUCUUUAAUUUGAAAAAAUGUUAAUGGAUCAAGAUUUUUAUAAUUCUUUCUCCUCUCGAUUGUAGAUGAAACAUUUGGGCCUUGACCCAGAGGAUCACAUCUAUACAAGUCUAUUCAAUGCCUGUGCAAACUCACCAUACCCAGCCGAUGGGUUGCGGAAAGCCCAAGAUCUUCUCCACUAUUUGCAAGAUGAAGGAAUCAAACCCAACCUCUUCACAAUUAAAGCUGCCAUGAAGGCGUUCGCCUUGUGUGGAGAUUUUCCUAUGGCAUUUACAUUAAUGGACAGAGCCUCCACUUGGGCAAGGCUGGACUCUGACUGUUUUAAUCACCUUCUUAUUGCGUGUGCAGCUGACAAGCAAAAGGGCUUCCUGAGAGCAUUACAGGUAUAAUCAUUUUCUUGAUAUAGAUUGAUUUACUAGGCUAAUGAAAAUACUCUCCAUGCUUUUCUAAAUGUGAUUUUAAUUUUUUUUACAAACUGCUAAACAAUAUAACAAUAGCAUUCAUAAUUAGUGAUCAAUGCAUGAAAUUUAUUUGGAACAAUAUAAUGAGAAUAGUUUAUUAAAAAUAUAAAUAUUGUGAUAUUUCUUUAAUAAAUAAUGGCUAGUGCACUCCAGACAUAAUACCUCAACUAUUCAAGCCGCUUAAAGUCAUUACCCAUUUUUGUGGUUAGUCUUUAGACAUUUACUUUUUAUUUUUAUGUUAUUGAUAUUGUUAGUACAAUUAAAUUUUAUUUCUCCUUCCGUUUCCUCCAGGUCUGGCAAAAGUUAAAUGUUUACAGAGUUAAGCCAGCCACGAACACGUAUAAUCUGUUAAUUAGAUGUGCUAGAGACUGUGGUAUUGGGGACCCAACAACUUUCGCCAAGUCUCUUGGUUUAAGUUUACCAGAUGUCAGUUUAAUCGGAGACGCAUGCAUCCUCGGGGACGGAGCUGUAAUGAAAUCCUGGAGGGACAAGAUCCCCCAAGCUCAGAAAAUAAAUCGUUUGACGGCCGGGUCUUCAAAUCCUCAACCACAGACGGGGUUGAAUGCCAAUAAAAAAGAAAUGGUUAAACUCACUAAAGUUGAUGAUCAACACACUGUGGCUGUGUCAACUAGCAGCAAUAAAAUUUCUGAAAAUAUUACUGUCACUGACUGUAGAGAAUUGACUUUAGCAACAGGGCCUGAAGAAAUCCAUAAAUCAUGUGAAAGUUCAAAGUCAGACACGACAUGUCAAUUGUAUUCAGAAGUUCUAACCACAGGAAGUACAGAUAACGCUUUGCAAGAAGGUCUGUCGAGGAACAUAUCGGUGAAAGACUUGAGAAAUCCUCAAGGUCGCUUAGCAGUGCUUGGAGGCUUGGGAAAUCUGGUCACACACAUGAAUGAAGUUGGUGCCCCACCAGAUGUGAAAACAUUUACUCAAAUUCUGGCAUGUUUGCCUGAUGACGAAGUCAGCGAGUUUGAACUCUUGACCUGCAUGACAACCAAUGGAAUUACACCAGAUAUCGAUCUGUUGAAUGACAUCAUGAUGAGACGAAACAAGAGACACAAAAGUGAUACCGUCAUGGUUGGUUCUCAGUGAUUUUAUUUUUUAAUGCUUGUUUGCUUGGAAAAGUUCAGAAAUCUGUUGGCAAACAUAGCUCUUGUCCAAACUUUAUCAUAAUAUCUUUGAAAAUUUUAUAUAAAAUUGUACUUAAUAUGUUAAAAAGUAUGCAAUAAAAAGCUUAGGAUAGUUUUUUCAAUCUGUUGUUAAAUAAAUAUAUUUUUACCUCAAACUGUAGAGACAUUAAGGAUUAAAAAAGCAUAAUGAUUUUUUUUUCUUUUUUUUUUUUUACUUAAAAUGUGUGCCACUUAUAUCAAGUGAUAAUAAUGAUGUAUGUGAUAUACAUUUAUACUUAUACCAGCUGUGAUCAAAUUCUAAUAACAGUAAUAUGUCUGUUUUAGUUAUUUUCAAAGCUUUUUUAAUUUUUUACCUCAAACUGUAGAGACAUUAAGGAUUAAAAAAGCAUAAUGAUUUUUUUUUCUUUUUUUUUUUUACUUAAAAUGUGUGCCACUUAUAUCAAGUGAUAAUAAUGAUGUAUGUGAUAUACAUUUAUACUUAUACCAGCUGUGAUCAAAUUCUAAUAACAGUAAUAGGUCUGUUUUAGUUAUUUUCAAAGCUUUUGUAAUUCACGCACGCAAGAUGACCUUUAGCUGAUGAAUGUUAUUUUCUUACAGGCACUUCUGCCAGUCAUGUCCAAACUAAAACUGACUCCUAACAUGAGGACCUAUGCUGCCCUGGCACUUGCAUGCCAUAAAGAAAGUCAAGCUCACAAGCUUAUUGAGGACAUGAGGGUAUUUCAAACUUUAUUUGUAAUCCCAUCUAAGCCACGUUAAGACUAUUUUGUUGGUCACAAGAAUUCCAUAAGUAAUUAUUGAUAUUGAUUUUCAUGACAAUCAAUUUGUUUGACUUGAAAAUGUAAGCCUCUGGCUAACCUGCAGAGAAGGUAUCUGUAUCUCUGUAUCUAUGCACAGUAUUCCAAAUGCCAUUUUUAAAUAUGUGAAUUAAUUUAUUAGUUAACGCCCACAUUUUAAAAUUUUCAUUUUUCAGGCGGCCAACCUUGAACCUAAUGCAGAGAUAGUUGGCCACUUUAUUUAUAUCUCACGCUCCAAUUAUGUUUACAAACUUCACAUGCUAAAAACUUUGGACAAGCUUUGUUUGAAGCCUGUCAAGGAGACCAUUGCGGUCAUUGAGAAGUCAAUAGCUUGGACCAAAAUGAAGAUAAUAGAAGCGGUAAGUUGGAAGAUUUUGACACUGUAUUUCUCUACAUGCUCUUCAGAAUUGUUCAAAAUUGAAUUUUUUAAGAUGGAAGGCAUUACUAUAUCCUAUAUAUAUCUACAAGAUUGAAUAAUGGAAAAUUCUUGUCGCACAAUUCAAUGAAAUGCUCUAUACUUGUACGUCUCUUUGAAAUUCUUUUACCCUCCAUGGGAAAUUUUACAAGCUGACUUAAAUGUUUGAGAAGUCCAGUGACAAUAAUGGUGGUAAUUACUUUUAACUAAUUCUCAUGUUUUAAAUCCUACAAUUGGUAGAUGAAUUCUUCAGAUUAUAAAUAAAAAUAAUACAAAGGUUAUUUAAUUUUUCUUUGUAGGAAAAAAGUAAAGACAAAACCAGCUUUUAUUUAUCGGAGCCUUUUCAGCUCAGCUUCCAGAACUUUCUAAAUUUUUAUCGGGUUUGGUUACUGCAUACAGAAAUGAGAAAAUCAAAAGACCCAUGGGAAGGUUUUGAAACUUCACGAACUGAACUAAAAAGCCAAGUCGAGAAACAAAGUUUGUGAAAUUCAAUUUACUCACCAUUUGAUGAUUUCAAUCCGUUCUGUCCAAUUUUUUUUUUUAAAGAGAUCAUUAAAAUAAAAUGUAUCAAUA